AUGCAUUCUAUGCUUUCUGGAUUAGAUGGAGUCGCUUUCCUACUGGAUGAUGUCAUUAUAACAGGAAUAAAUGACACUGAACAUCUAAACACGUUAAAAGAGGUUUUGAAACGCAUUGAGGACAAUGGUUUUUGUUUAAACAGAGCUAAGUGUCACUUCAUGAAGGAAAAAGUCAACUAUUUGGGUCUAUGUAUUUCCAAAGAUGGAAUUUCGACGAAUCAAGACAAGAUAAAGCCCAUAGUAGAUAUGCCUGAACCCCAAAACAUUAAACAGUUGGAAUCAUUUAUAGGAAUGCCAAACUUUUACUCAAAGUUCAUCCCAAACUUUUCUGAGAUCUGUGCACCAUUAAACAAACUCAGGCAGAAAAAUGUUCAAUGGACGUGGACAGAACAAUGCUCUCAGUCAAUUGACCGUAUUAAAGAUGCUUUAGUUUCCACUCCUAUUCUAGUGCCAUUUAAUAGUGAAUUACCUAUAGUGGUUGCAGCCGAUGCUUCAUCAGUGGGGAUUGGUUGCACAAUUUUUCAUCGAUAUCCUAACGGAGAAGAGAAGCCGAUCGCGUAUGUUUCUAAAACACUGAACAAGGCAGAGCAAAAUUAUUCGCAAAUUGAACGAGAAGCUUUAGCUUUGAUUUAUGCUAUUAAAAAGUUCCGCAUCUACCUUUGGGGCACCCAUUUUCUGAUCCAAACAGACCACAGACCUCUAUUGUCUAUAUUCGGAUCCAGCAAAGGAGUGCCAGUAACCACGUCUUGCAGAAUACAAAGGUGGGCUUUGUUUUUAACAAAUUUUCGUUUUGACAUAGAAUACGUUUCUACUAAACUAUUUGGGAAAGUUUACUGUUUAAGUCGUUUGCCUUUCAAGGAAGAUGUCGAGUUUGACCAAGCCGAUGAGAGUUAUAGCACCGUAGUUGGAUUAAUAUUCUCAGGUAACAUAGAUUGUCUACCAGUUACGGCUAAAGAAAUCAGUGAAGAAACGUCGAAUGAUGUCACUCUUAAUCGGGUCAAAGAGUUUGUAUUAAGUGGAUGGCCAAACAAGACAAACAAUCUGGAGUUAAAACCCUAUGAGCCAAGGAAGAACGAAAUAUCCAUACAUGAGGGCUGCCUAAUGUGGGGGGUUAGAGCAAUUAUCCCAGAAAAGUUCAAGCAGAAAUUACUUAUGAACCUGCACGACACUCAUUUAGGAAUGGUAAAGAUGAAGGCGUUGGCCCGAGAUCGUUUUUGGUGGCCAUCGAUGGACAAUGACAUCGAAAACGUGGCAAGAACUUGUGCACUAUGCAACUUGUAUGCUGCAAGAGAACCACAGAGAAAGUUCCUCAGUAAUUGGCCGAGAUGCACUGACCCUUGGACCCGUAUACACUUGGACUUCGCUGGACCUUUCCUUAAUAGUGUUUUUCUUUUGGUCGUAGAUGCAUACUCCGGUUGGCCAGAAAUUAUCAAGUUGAACUCUAUGACUACUUCAGUAACAAUCAAACAAAUUAAGCUGUUAAUAUGCCGAUAUGGAAUCCCUAAAACCAUAGUGACAGACAACGGACCCUGUUUUAUGUCCGUAGAAUUUGCACAGUUUUGUAAAGCAUUUGGAAUCGACCACGUAACCACUCCACCUUACCAUCCGUGUUCCAACGGACAAGUUGAAAAAUACGUCGGUACCAUGAAACAGGCGUUGAGAAAACUUUGCCAAGAACAAUCCCCUAAAGGUUUGGAAGCUGACUUAAACAACUUUUUAUUUAAGUACAGGUUAACACCACACAUAACUUCUGGAAUGUCACCUUCUGAGUUGUUUUUAGGACGUCAGCUAAGAUGUAUCUUAGAUUUAGUUCAACCCCAAAAAGGAAGUCAGAUUAAAACAGAAGAGGAAGAAAAUAAAGAAGAUAAAACAAAAGAGAAAGAGAAUAAAGAAGGAGCCACUACUAGCCUAAAAAACUUCAAAAUAAAUGAACCUGUGUUUUGGGCAGAAACCAGAAACGGAAAUGUUGUGUGGAAACCCGGCGUAAUCUUGAAGAGACUAGGGCGAAACGUGUGGAAAGUUGAAGGUAACGAUAGAAGAAUCUUUAAAAAACACGCUGACCAACUAAAGCAUAAAAACCUUCUUGAAGACAAGGACAGUAGUUCAAUCUCGGCGAGAAGGUGA